CAACCCCCCUUCCAAUCAAAUUCCCUUAUGCCCCUUCGUACUUAGCUGCUCCUUCUCGAACCCCAAACCAAACCAAACUCAUCUCCCUCCUUCGACUCCGGCGACGCUAUUAUUAUUAUGCGACAUACCAUAACCUCUUUCUUGGAAAGAAGUAGUAGUAAAAGCAGAAGAGGCAGCAUCAGCACAUGGACGACCAAUCGCUGACUACGUCGCUCGCGCUAAUUUUCCUGUUCCUGAUCAUAUUGCUCAUCUCCAAGACUUGCAGAAACAGAGCAAGCAGGGAUGCAGGGUGCCGCCUCCCAGCCGGCUCCGGCGGAUGGCCUCUCGUCGGAGAGACCCUCCACUUUGUCUCCUCCGCCUACUCCCCCAGCCCGGAGCGGUUCAUGGACAAGCGCCGCCGAUUGUACGGGAAGGUGUUCCGGUCGCACCUGUUUGGGAGCCCGACGAUCGUGUCGACGGACGCGGAGGUCAGCCGGUGCGUGUUGCAGAGCGACGCGAGGGCGUUCGUGCCGUGGUACCCCAAGUCUCUGACCGAGCUUAUGGGCCAGUCCUCCAUCCUGCUCAUCAACGGCAACCUCCAACGCCGCAUCCACGGCCUCAUCGGCGGCUUCUUCAAGUCCGCCGAGUUGAAAGCCCAGAUCACCCGCGACAUGCACAGCUACGUGAGCCAUUCCGUGGUCAACUGGCGCCACCACCACCGCAUCCUUGUCCAAGAACAGACCAAAAAUAUUGUGUUCCAAAUUCUAGUCAGAGCAUUGAUCGGACUCGGCCCAGGGAAGGAGAUGCAAUUCCUGAAGCAACAGUUCAGAGAAUUCAUCGCCGGCCUGAUGUCUCUGCCGGUGAAGCUGCCCGGUAGCAGGCUCUACCGAUCGCUGCAAGCGAAGAAGCGGAUGGCGAUGAUGAUUAAGAGCAUCAUCGCAGAGAAGAGAGCCGAGCAGGCUGAUGGUGGUCGGAGUCAGCGCCGCUCACGCGACGCAGUCGAUGUUUUGAUCGACGACGCGAGCGAUGAGUUGACCGACGACCUCAUCUCCGACAACAUGAUCGACCUCAUGAUCCCAGCGGAGGACUCCGUGCCGGUUCUUAUUACUCUCGCAGUCAAGUACCUGAGCGAAUGUCCUCUUGCUCUCCGACACUUGGAGGAAGAAAAUAUGGAGCUGAAGCAGAGAAGAGGCGUAGAAGAACUGCAGUGGAACGACUACAUGUCUCUAUCUUUUACACAAGAUGUGAUCACGGAGACACUACGGAUGGGGAACAUAAUAAGCGGGAUCAUGAGGAAGGCAGUGAAGGAUGUAGAGAUAAAAGGGCACCUCAUACCCAAAGGAUGGUGCGUAUUGACCUACUUCCGAUCAGUUCACCUCGACGAGAGCCACUACGAGGAGGCCUACGAGUUCAAUCCGUGGAGAUGGAAGGAGAAGGACAUGAGUUCGUGUAGCUUUACUCCUUUUGGAGGUGGGCAAAGGCUGUGCCCUGGGCUGGAUCUCGCCAGGCUGGAGGCUGCCAUCUUUCUUCAUCACUUGGUCACCAACUUCACGUGGGUGGCAGAGGAGGAGGACCACAUUGUGAAUUUUCCAACUGUGAGGAUGAAGAGGGGAAUGCCCAUCAGAGUAAGAAGGAAGAGCUGAACAAGGCACAGAAAGGAGGUCAAUUUGCAUUUGCAUUUGCAUUUCCAUUUGCACACGAGCUGUGGGAUGGGACCUGGAGCUGGACCACCGCUCUGUCAAAUUGAGGUAGCUGGGGCCUCGCAGUGAAGCUCCAAUAGGGUAUACAGAUAGAUACAUAUAUUUUAUGUAAAUAGAAUAAUAAAUGAGAUGUAUAAAUUAUGAAUAGGGGCCAUGUCACAGACAUAUCUAGGAUUGCAAUCCCCAAGACAGAGAAAUAAAUAU